GGGUUCAAAUUCAAAAUUCAAAAUGUUAACGGUGAUUGUUUUCUUAACGGAAACGGAUGGCAAGGAAUGGGCCCACAGCCACCUAAGCAGUCAAAGCUUAGUGUGUACUGUUUAAGGGUGGCCUCUUAUCACCAUUGUUCAAUUAUACUGACUGAAACAACCGCAUUAUUUAAUCAGUAAUUGAAUUAUGUUCUUCCCCUGGUAAAGGGCAGGUGAAUAGAUUCAAAUCUAUCUAGAAUCCAUAGCCUAAUAAGCCUAUAAUACUAGAAAACUGUAUAACUUUUUUUCUUUUUGAAUCUAUCGCAUUCAACCCUAUGGGAUAAGAUAAAAUCUGCGAAAAUGACCAACGGUGGAAUACAAUACAAGACCAGUAACUCAUAAAGUUGGAGUAGAAGAUAUUUGUGGGUGCCUGCUAGAAGUGCUACGUGGGUAUCAUGUACUGCUGCGUGUGAGGUGGUUUCUUGAAAUAUCUUCACCUAAUAGCUCUUUCCCGCGUUAAAGAAUGGUAGAUAUAGAGUGAAGGUCCUCAGGGGAGAAAGAUAUAUAUAUGUAUCAUAGAUUUAUGAGUAUUGCAUUCAUUCAUGCUUAGAUAGAGUUUCCAGAGCUAUACCAAAGUAAGAAGAAGAAGAAUUAGAGUUAAGAGAAGUUUGGGUAAGAUGGCUGGUCAUGGACCUGGUGGAGGUGGAGGAGGAGGGCCUGGUGGUGGCGGCGGUGGACGACCUGGUGGUGGCCAAGGAGGAGGAGGCCAAGGGGAUGGCCAAGGAGGAGGUGGCCAAGGAGGAGGCAGUCAAGGAGGUGGCCAAGGAGGAGGUGGCCAAGGAGGAGGCCAAGGAGGAGGCCAAGGAGGAGGUGGUCAAGGAGGAGGCGGUCAAGGAGGAGGUGGCCAAGGAGGUGGCCAAGGAGGAGGCGGCCAAGGAGGAGGCCAAGGAGGAGGUGGUCAAGGAGGAGGCGGCCAAGGAGGAGGUGGCCAAGGAGGUGGCCAAGGAGGAGGCGGCCAAGGAGGAGGUGGUCAAGGAGGAGGAGGAGGUGGUGGUCCUGGAGGACGUUGAAAAUUUCAAGUGGAUGGCAAUUUAGGUGAAAAUAUUUGUGCAAGCAUGCAAUGUGUGAUCUUUUUCCCGAAUAAGCAUGUUUGUGCAAUACAAUACUAUAGAUAUGCCUUAAUCUCUUGUAUAAGAGAAUUUAAGGGGUUAUAAAUUUCUCUUUUGUAAUUUGAUAUAAUGAGU